CUCGCCCGUAGCAUCGGGAAAACUCGAACUUAGCUUUAAUAUCUUAAACGCACUAAUUUCCGUCACGGAGUACGCAGCAAGUGGCACGCCAGGGACGGGCGGUUGCCGUGGAAACCGAUUAUAACUAUUGUUGCUGCAGUGACGUCACGUAACGACCGGUAGUGGCGACGCCAAGCGUUGCCGACGUUUCGUCCAAUCGGCGAAGGUCGUUUCGUCGUCUGCGACCGCUCUAAGCCUAACAUGCACGAUUCAGUUGUCGUCUGUUUACAGAUAGCACCGUUACGUCACGCUAGCCUUAAUCGGACAAAUGGCGGAAGAGACGAGACUUAACUUCCUGGACCUGAGUAGAAUCAAAAUUAAAUCGGUCCACCAAUUAGAAUCGGCUUUACUAAAGGUGGCGGAUUUGAAGCUGCGUUCGGAGAAACCGAAGGAGGAGGACGUCUUGAUAAAUGCUCGAUCCUCUAAACGACAUUCCACUUCGCCCGAAUUUCCGUUUCUGGACCCCAUCCCGGCCUCCAUGCGCCAGGUAAACAUACAGGAAAUGUGCCAAGUGGACAUAGAAUGGAAGAUGCUGACUUUGUGUCGACCCGCCAGCAAAUUCGAGGAAGACAUUUUCACCAGAUACGUAGAGUUGGCCAAACUGGCGCGUAAGGUGCGCAAGUCGUACGGACAGGUGCCGACGCGCAGCACGCCGUGGAACGUCAGAUCGUACGCCAAAGCACGCGUGCCGGACGACUGGGGGGAGGAAAACCUGGGGGACAACGCGCACGAGUUCUGCUACGACUACUUUACCAGGCAGGCGGUGGCGGAAGACGAAGAGGGGGCGGAGGAGAACCAGUCCCUGGACCAGCAGGCGGAGGAAACGGGAGUCAAACGCCGCACCCCCCUCAGAAAGACGACGGGGGGAAGGAAGUCCGAGUCCCUGAGCAGAAAAACAAACCGUUUGGCCGUACCGGAAGUCAGCAAAACGCCCAGUCCCUGUUCCACGCCGGAAACCAAAGCGCGCGGACAGAAGAGCAGGUCCAUCACCCCGGUGUCUAGGGGAGCGGACAAGUCGGUGAAAAAGAAGCACAGGAAUUCCGUGAAGAAGAAGGCCACAAAGAAGAAAUCCAGCGAGGACGUGAGAAAACCCGAUUCUUCUUGACCCCCCCUUCCGCCGCCUUGUAAUACCUCGACAAAGUAUUAAUACCCGGCAGCACGUUACGUAAUCGCUUUUACUCGUCCAAGUAGUCAACACCGGAAUCCCCCGAUUUAACGAAGCAAUAAUAAUAACAAUAACGAACUUUCCUCAUUUCGAAUUUAGUGUUCGGUAUCGACGGUAGAGGCGCUCUGAAUGAAUAAUAUACUUUAUUGAUUUCUAUAUAAAAAUAAUCGAUUC